AUGGACGCAUACUCUCCAGCUGCUUCACCCCUAUUCACCACGACCCCUAUCUCGCCAGGAGACGCAGAUGCUGACGUCCUCCCGCUCCUCAGUCCCAUAGCGCAAACUCAGGCCGACCACUUCGACCCGGACCGGCCCUACCAGCCCGGGCAACCCAAGUCGCUGGCUGGCAUCGCCAUGCGGGCCUUCUGCCUCGGGAUCGCUCUUGGCCUCGCCGUGCUGCUGACGCUGGCGACGCUGGCGUGGACGGCGAGCCCGCUGUGGCGGCUGCCCUUCUUCCUCGCCGCGCUGGCGACGUUCCACUUCCUCGAGUUCUGGACCACGGCCGCGUACAACACGCGCAACGCCGACGUCAAGUCGUUCCUGCUGACGGCCAACUGGCCCGCGUACGCGAUCGCCCACGCCGCCGCCUCGCUCGAGUGCCUGGUGGUGGGCGUCGCCUGGCCGGGCCGCUCGUGGGCGCCGCUGCACGGCGGACUGCUCGUCACAGCGGCGGGCCUGGCGAUGGUGGUCGUGGGCCAGGUCGUGCGCUCCGUAGCCAUGGUGCAGGCGGGCGCGUCCUUCAACCACGUCGUCCAGCAGUACCGCACGCGGCAACACACGCUCAUCACGACUGGUAUUUACGCGCACCUGCGCCACCCCUCGUACUUUGGCUUCUUCUGGUGGGGACUCGGCACGCAGCUCGUCAUGGGCAAUGUCAUCUGCUUCGUGGCGUACACGGCUGUGCUUUGGCGUUUCUUCUCCUCAAGGAUCAAGCGGGAGGAGCAGCUGCUUGUUCAGUUCUUUGGCGACGAGUAUGUGGAUUAUAAAAGGAGAACGGGGACAAAGAUCCCGUUUGUACCGUGA